GAGGAUCCUGGGAUAAACAAGACUGACUCUCCUACUGGAUGAAAGAAUAUGGCGGUUCUGGAUCAGCUCACCCUUGGAAAACCCCGGGUAGCGAUGCCCAGCCUGCAGUGACUGGUUGGUUUUCUUCUAUUGCUACUUGUAUUGAUGCAGCUUUUAUGAAAACAAAACCAUUGGCAGUCCUUCGUUUUUAGCAGCCCUGUUGUCACCAAUGAAGUUCGCCAGCAAGAAAAUGGGGGACUUUUGUAGCGCUUGGCGCAUAUUUACUCCAGGUGCCCCCUUGGAUAUAUGUAGCACAGAUCGAGAAACAAGUUGUUGUGGAAACGAUGUCUGAAUUUUAUCGGUUGUAUAGCUGCAGCAGGAAGGUUGUGGGGACAGUUCCAUUAUAAGGAAAAGUUGCUGAUAUGUUUUCAAGAUGAGCGGGAUGGGAGAAAAUCCCUCAGACCCCUCUAGGGUGGAGCCACGGAAACGCAAAGAAAGCCCAGACCAGCUUGGUCCCAGCCCAAAGCGGAGCACUGAAAAGCGUAACCGUGAACAGGAGAAUAAAUACAUUGAAGAGCUUGCUGAGCUAAUAUUUGCAAAUUUUAAUGACAUUGACAAUUUUAACUUUAAACCUGACAAAUGUGCAAUUUUGAAGGAAACUGUGAAGCAGAUUCGCCAGAUCAAAGAGCAAGAAAAAUCGUCUGCAAAUGAAGAUGAAGUUCAGAAGGCAGAUGUGUCCUCAACAGGACAGAGUGUCAUAGACAAGGAUGCACUUGGACCUAUGAUGCUUGAGGCUCUUGAUGGAUUCUUCUUUGUGGUGAACCGUGAUGGGAAUUUAGUGUUUGUCUCUGAGAAUGUAACUCAGUAUCUAAGAUAUAACCAGGAAGAGCUGAUGAACACAAGUGUGUACAACAUACUGCACGUCGGUGAUCACAAUGAGUUCAUCAAAAACUUGCUGCCAAAGUCUUUAGUUAAUGGGGGACCUUGGUCAGGAGAAGCUCCUAGACGAAAUAGCCAUACCUUUAAUUGCCGCAUGCUGGUGAAGCCGAUGCCCGAGUCAGAAGAAGAAGGUCAUGACAACCAGGAGGCGCAUCAGAAAUAUGAAACUAUGCAGUGCUUUGCUGUAUCACAACCAAAGUCCAUCAAAGAGGAAGGUGAAGAUUUUCAGUCUUGCUUGAUUUGUGUGGCACGGAGAGUCCCAAUAAAGGAAAGGCCUCCUGUUCCCUCAUCUGAGACUUUCACAACACGUCAGGACUUGCAAGGCAAAAUAACUUCACUGGACACGAGCACUAUGAGGGCGUUAAUGAGACCGGGCUGGGAGGAUUUGGUCCGGAAGUGCAUUCAGCGAUUCCAUGCUCAGCAUGAUGGAGAUAUCUCUUACAGCAAAAAACAUCACCAAGAAGUUCUCAGGCAGGGGCUUGCACUCAGUCCUUUGUAUCGGUUUUCAUUGUCUGACGGCACGAUUGUUGCAGCCCAAACCAAGAGCAAGCUUAUCCGCUCACAGAUUACAAAUGAACCUCAGUUGGUGAUAUCCAUACACUUUCUUCAAAGAGAGCAGAAUGUGUGUGGAAUGAAUCAGGACAUGGUUGGACAAUCCAUGGGAAAGACACUAAACCCCAUUAGGUCCAGCAGUCCAGCACAUCAAGCACAUCAAGCAAUGUGCAGUGGAAACCCAGGUCAGGAUACGACUAUAAGUAGCAAUAUGAAUUAUGCCAUAAAUGGUCCAAAGGAACAAAUGGGCUUGCCAACAGGCAGAUUUGCUGGUUCAGGAGGGAUGAACCAUGUUUCUAGCAUGCAAGCAACCACUCCUCAGGGUAAUAACUAUGCACUCAAAAUGAAUAGCCCAUCACAAGGAAGCCCUGGCAUGUGCCAGACACAGCCUAACUCUAUGCUUUCCCCAAGGCAUCGUGUGAGCCCUGGAGUGGCAGGAAGUCCUCGUAUUGCACCCAGUCAGUUUUCCCCUGCGGGAAGUAUACAUUCGCCAGUUGGUGUUUGCAGUAGCACAGGAAAUAGCCAUAGUUAUACCAAUAGCUCUCUAAAUGCACUUCAGGCUCUCAGUGAAGGCCAUGGUGUUCCACAGAUGUCUCCUGAUCUAAAAGUUGGUAAUUUACAAAGUUCUCCUGGUAAUAUGAAUCCCUCGCAGCUUAGAAAGAUGGGGAGUGUGGACUCUAAAGAACCGUUUGGGCUUUAUGGGGAGCAGACUGAAGGUGCUACUGGACAGGCUGAAACUAGCUGCCAUUCUGCUGAGCAGAAAGACUGCAAUGAGACACUGUCUUCUGGCGGUGACAAAAUGGAAGGCCAAAACAGGUUGCUUGAUAACAAAGGCCAGACAAAACUAUUGCAGUUGCUCACCACCAAAUCUGAUCAGAUGGAGCAGUCACCGCUUUCCACUGCUUUGGGAGAUAAUAGCAACAAAGACUCCUUUGGAAAUUUUGUAGGUAAUAAUUUGUCUGCCUCUGCACAUGGAACCUCACUGAAAGAGAAGCAUAAAAUUUUGCACAGACUCCUUCAGGACAGUAGUUCGCCUGUAGACUUGGCCAAGCUAACAGCUGAGGCCACUGGGAAAGAACUGAACCAGGAGUCCAACAGCACAGGCCCUGGAUCAGAAGUCACUGUAAAGCAGGAACCUGUUAGUCCUAAGAAGAAAGAAAAUGCACUACUUCGCUACUUGUUAGAUAACGAUAAUACUAAAGAUAAUAUUGCAAACGUUACACCCAAGAUUGAACACUUGGAAAAGACAGAAUCGAGCUGCACAAAGUUAACGUCUAUAAAAACAGAAAAGGAGGACUCGGGCUAUGGAACUGGUGACCAGCUUUUACAGUCCAGCCCUGAUUUAGAUAACCUGGAUGAAAUCCUGAACGAUCUGCAAAAUAGCCAGUUAACUCAACUCUUCCCAGACACACGGCCCGAUGCCAAUGCGGCGGAUAAGCAAGCCAUCAUAAAUGACCUGAUGCAGUUAGCUGGAGACAGCGCAGCCCAUAAGCAGAGAAUGCUCCGGAUUCAGCAGAGCAAUUUUAACAAUCUACGUGCCGGGCAACUUGGGAGACUUGGGUUACAAAACCAGAAUGUACAAAUGGACAUCAAUUUACAAAACCAGACUAGUGCAGGCACUUAUCAACCAAUGAGGAACAGCAGCCCAUACUCUCCGAUUCCUCAGUCUGGGAUGAUGAAUAAUCAAGGUAUUCUGGGAAACCAAAGUGGCGUCACAAGCAGUAGCACUGGAAUAAUUGGUGGCAAUGUCCCUAGACCAACCAUGCAGUCUGGAGAUUGGGCUUCACAGGCAUCCUCAAUAAGAGCCUCUGGCCCCAGUACGGGAGGUCCUAUGAGCAGACCAAUUCAAGGCAUGAUUCGUAGCCCAACAUCGAGCACUCCGAUGAGACCCAAUACCCAGAGUUGCCCGAGACAAAUGAUUCAGUCUCCAGUUAUGAAUAUAGGUCCUUCAGAAAUCGAAAUGAAUAUUGGUGGACCACAAUACACACAACAGCAAGCUCCUCCAAAUCAAACGGCUCCCUGGCCUGAGAGUAUUCUGCCUAUUGAUCAAACUUCCUUUGGCAAUCAAAACAGACAGUCAUUCGGCAGCUCGCCAGAUGACAUGAUUUGUCGGCCUAUUUCAUCAGAGUCUCCUACAGAUGAGGGGAACCUUUUGGAUCAGCUUUAUAUGGCACUGAGGAAUUUUGAUGGGAUAGAAGAGAUUGAUAGAGCUCUAGGCAUACCAGAACUGGUCAGUCAGAGUCAGUCGGUGGAUCCUGAUUCAUUUGUUAAUCCAGAAUCAAACUUAAGCAUGGAACAGAAGGCAUCUCUCUUUAACCACGCGUAUGCCGCUCAAGGGCAGAUGGCUCAGAAUAGUUAUUCUCAGAUGCAGGAUCAAAACUUUCACCCCAUGGGCCAGCGUCCAAGCUAUGGAAUGCUGCGCAUGCAGACUCGGCCUGGUUUACGGCCCACUGGGAUGGUGCAAAAUCAGCCCAAUCAGCUGAGGCUCCAGUUGCAACACCGGCUUCAAGCACAACAGAAUCGGCAGCCAAUAAUGAACCCAAUGAACAAUGUUUCAAACAUGAACUUGACUCUAAGACCUGGAGUACCAGCACAGAUGAGAGAACAGGGACCGAUCAAUGCACAAAUGCUGGCCCAAAGACAGAGGGAGAUCUUGAACCAGCACCUGCGGCAAAGGCAACUUCAGCAACAGCAGCAGCAACAACAAGUGCAACACAGAGCUAUGAUGAUGAGAGGACAAGGUCUGACCAUGCCACCCAAUAUGGUGGCCUCUGGAGGCAUGCAAGCAUCAAUAAGCAGCCCACGGAUCCCACAAGGCAAUGCCCAGCAGUUUCCAUUUUCUCCGAACUACGGUACUGGAAUUCCAUCCCCACCACCUUUCACCAGUUCUUUCCCCCCAGUGCCCCCCAGUCCUGGGUCACAGUCGCUCUCUCACAGCUCUUUGCAUGGCUCCCAGAUGAAUCUGGCUAACCAAGCGAUCAUGGGGAACAUGGGAGGACAGUAUGGGCCUGUCAUGAAUCCCCAAAUUCAGCACAAUGCCUUCCAGUUUGCCAACUCAGGGAUGAGUCAACAGUCUGACCCUGGAUUCACGGGGGCAACAACCCCUCAAAGUCCAAUAAUGUCGCCCAGAAUGGCUCAUUCUCAGAGCCCCAUGAUGCAGCAGUCGCAGGCCAAUCCUGCCUACCAAUCAGCAGAGCUGAAUGGCUGGGCGCAGGGGAAUACUGGAGGGAACAGCAUGUUUACGCAACAGUCCCCGCCACAUUUUGGGCAGCAAGCUGGCACCAGCAUGUACAAUAACAAUAUGAAUAUCAGUGUUUCUAUGGCAAGUAAUGGAAGUGGAAUGAACAACAUGAACCAGAUGACUGGGCAGAUCAGCAUGACCUCAGUGACCUCUGUGCCUACAUCAGGGUUGUCCUCAAUGGGUCCAGAGCAAGUUAAUGAUCCCACUCUGAGAAGAGGCAGCCUUUUUCCAAACCAGCUACCCGGUAUUGAUAGGAUAAAGCAAGAAGCAGAUGCAGCACGGAAAUAUUGCUGACCCUAAAUAUUUUGGGAUGCUUUUCUUCUUCUGCUGGCUGUGUACACCAGAUGGAAACCUACCAGGCUGAGGAGCUGCAUCACGUUGUAGUGUUCUUUAGAGACUGGCCUGUCAGCCAGCACAAUUUGCUGGAAUGGCUAGCACAGCACUGCAAGCCUAGUCUGCCUCCCAGUUGUGAACUGAAGCCGUUGUUGUCCAAGGUGCAGCCCCCCCACGUGUCAGUCCGGAGCCAGAACAUAGACGGCCAGUCUGGUCGCUGCAUUCACCUUAGUGCAACUUAGAUACCUUCUGCAGAGUCAUUACGGACAGGCAUAUUUCACUGAACUAUCUGAAAUGAAUGUAUUUAAUGUAUGUAUUUAAAGAAAACAAUGCUCUUUAUUUUUAUUUUUUUUUCUCUUAAGUUGAUGACACUGGUCUAUAGCUUAUUUUUUCCUUGGGUGAUCAGCCCACUAAAUACUUUCUGCUACCACAUGACUUUUUUUUUUCUCCUGUAAUUUUUUGGUGGGUGGAAUAUCAAUGGAAUUCAUUAUAAAACAGAAACUGGUGAGAGUUAAAUGUAUCCCUUGGUCUAAAUAAUGCCAAAAUAAAUAAAUGCAGUCAGAAAUUUAAGAGAUGUUACCAUAGAAGAAAUAGACAGAUUUUGAGACUUUUACUUUAUUUUAUUUCUAUUAAGGAACAAUUGCAAGGAGACAUAAAUGUGAAAUUGUUUUUAAAAGUAAUUGCUUCUAAAACCUAAAUUAUUUGACCCCGAAAUGGUUUGAGGUGUAUUAGUUAUGCUGUAAGUAAAAUUAGCAAUUAGAGAUUGAAGUCUGCACAAGGAAAGAAUUUCAUAAACACCUUGGAUGCUGUCUGUAGCAUCCAAAGGGUUAACAAGGAAUUCAGGUUUUUGUUAACUCCUACUAUACCAUGUGAUAAAGUUAGCAUGAAUAUCUAUUGCAACAUUAGCAAAAGUCUUUUAGGCCAGUAGGUUAUCAUUUCAUCACGGCUGCCUUCAUUUGUCCACUUUUUUUUUCUUUUCGUUCCUUUGUAAUUCUGGAAAUUUUACUUCAAUUUAAAACUACCGCCAGUUUCACUACAUGUUUAUUUUCAAGUAACAGGGUGGAAAUAUAUAUUUUUUAAUGGUACAUUAAAAAAAUAGCUUCUGUAUAAACAAGCAAUAAUUUAAGUUGAGAAAUGUGUUUUAUUUGUAAUCUUUUUGUUUUGUAAAAAAAAAAUGAAAUGUGGUGUCAAAACAAAAACAAAAAAGGUACUUCAGUAUUAAAUAGGUAAUUUUUGCUAUUCGUGGCUUUUUGGAUCACUGUUUCUUGGAUAGAACUAGUAUGUCAACCCUUAAACUUUGUAAUGCCACUUAGAAAUCUAUACGUUCCCUGCAGUGUAGAAAUAAUCAUACCUUUUUUUGUAGCUUUUAAUAUUUGUUAUAUGGAAACACCCAGUUCCUAAAUGUUUCUAAAUGAUUUCCCUUCUAUUUUAAUGCUCUCCCUUAGAAUGUCAGUUAUAUUCACUGAGUCAGAAGUAAUUUAGCACCAACUGGCAUCUGUCUGAGUAUUGCACUGUUGGAAUUUGAGAUUAAGUUCAGCUUUGCCCAAAUUUACUUACAGAGAUAGGAAAGUCAAAAUUAAACUUGCAUGAUUCAGAUUGAGCGGGUCAUUUUAAGACGCUUUUAAAUUCACUUCUAUUUUCAAAUGUGCUUUGUUCUCUUAGUAUUCCUUGUUAAAAAAAAUAAUAUGCACAUAUCAUACACUAGUGGGAGCUGCUGCUAAUUAGUGCCUGCACACCUUUGUCUCCUGUGAUUGGCUAAAUAGAUAUUUUCAGCUUCCUGUCAGUAGUGCAAUGCUGUCCCUUCAGCAAAGGAUAACAAGAGAAUAAAGCAAAUUUGAUAAUAGAAGUAAAUUGGAAAGUUGUUUAAAAUUCUAUGUUCUAUCUGAAUCCUAAAAGAAAAUGUUGGGGUUUACUAUCCCUUUAACUGUCACAUUGAACAUAGAACAAAUAUUAUAGAAUGUCACAUAUGGUGGCAUUGUAUUCAUCAGCAUAACUUCAUAUUAUUGGAAUUAUUGUAUGUCAUUGGCCAUAUGGCCUGUGCUUUUAUCAUCUUCCACAUAAUUAUAAAUUACAUGGUUGGAAAAAUUCUACUUGGCAGAUAUACUGGUUUUUAAAUGUUACAUGCCACUGGAAAAAGUAAAAAAAAUAUGUGUGCCUGCUUUUUUUUCCAUAGCUAAUGCCUAAUUCUUCUGAUUAGUAUAUUUUGUUCAUCUCACUGAAUAAUAUGAAUAUACAAGUAUGUAUAUUUCAAAGGAUACAUACAAUAUGUUGCGCACACAGUAUUUUUUUUUUCCUUUAAAAAAGAAAAAGAAAUAAAGAAUAGAUAUAAGUAACUAACUCACCUCUAUACUUUUCAAUGUUUUUUUUAUGUAGGCUAUUUAUCAAUGUAAAACUCAAUUCCCUUUGAUACUUAGCCUCUGUAAACUACCAUAGAAUAGCAAAGAAGAUUGAGUUUAUAUUUAACUCAAUUCCCUCCCCUUAAUACAUGCAUGGUUUAUGCAUUUUCCUGUGUAUUUGUACAAUUUUGUAGGCUGUAUAUUUCCUAUAAAGCAAUUAAAAUUUGUUAUAUUUUAACCAUGUUUUUGAUCAUUUUUAGUACUCUUAGAUGGUCAACUCAAGUUUUUAGAUGGAGAAUUACAAGUAGACAUAACCUUUUGUACAUUUUUUCUUGAUAUUUGAUUGGCAACCAAGAAACAUUCACUUGUCCAAGAUUUUUGUAUAUUGUUUUAUUUAAAUAAUCCAUUUCUUAAAUUAGGAUACUUUAAAUUCAGCAUGCACACAGAAGACAUUUACAUUACAUACAUGAUGAAUUUGCCAUAUUGCAUCAGAUAAAACCUCAUAAAUGUAUUUUUCCCAUGUUCAAUAAAUGCCUGCUUGUCUCCAUCUUCAUUUACCUCUAAAGUGGGUGUAUACUAUAAUAUCUGAUCUGUGGCAUCACACCUGAUCCGGGUGAAGAAGAUUAACACACCUCCUAUUACGAUAUACUGUGUAUUGUAAGUAUGUCAUUUCUAUUAAAACAAUGCAAACAAUCCUUAUUUAUUCUUGAAUUUUAAAGUAAAUGCCAUAAUUUAUUAUUCUGUUAGAACAGUCUUUCCAGUGGUUAGGCCUUGAGCAUUCAUCAUCUCCAUUCUUCGGUAUCCUAAACACCCACCAUUUAAAAGCAAACAGUGUAUUUACUGCAUUGGCAUAAUAGCAUAAUUAAGCAGAAAGCAUUUCACAUCUCACUUUGCAAAGAAUAGAAUACGGUCAUUGUAUUGUAACAAUUAGAUUUACUGGUUACCUUUUUUUUCUUAUUUUUCUGUUUAACCCGUUAAAGUAAUUCACAAUGAUAUACUAGUUGUAGUCUUCAGUCUCUACUAACAUUUGUAUGUAGUUGCUGAAAACAAAAUAUACAAUCACUUGAAUUUGUUGAGAAAUUGUUAAAUGGAAGUGAGUUAUUGUGGUAGGCAUGAUUUAUAACCUCUUUUUAGUUGCUUGCUGAUUAAUCAUUUUAGAAUGUGUGAAUCUAUUCUGAUCAUAUUGAUCACUGCGUAUAAAAUAAGCCCGAUCCUCUUGCUAUGUUAUCAGUAUUUGACACCCGAUAAAUGCAACAUGUCACAGGAGUGUAGAUUUUUGUGGUAUAGAGCAAAAAGAUCAGUGUUUUUACCUUUUUUUUUUUCUUUUUCUCUUUCUAAUAAAUGUGAAAGGCACAUAAUGUGAAAUAAUUAUUUAUACAUUUAUACAAAUGUUUUCUUCACUCACUUAAAGCACCAGUUUCUCUUACUCUUCAAAUUAGUAGAUAAAUGACCGUUUAGAAGACAUUUUAAAUGUACCUAAACCAUAUGAGCAAACCUUUAAAAAAAAACUUUGUUAUUAAAACAAAAAAAAACCUUAAUAAACAUGGUAUAACUAGUAUGGAAAGCAAAAAUAUAAAUGCCAGACUGAGGAUAAUUUGAUAUUCAAGUGUGCUGUAGCAAGUUUUUGUUUUUUUAUAGAUUAGAUUCUAAAUGUAUGGGUUUUUUUUUUCUUUAAUCUGUAAGAAUUGUGUAGUCUUGAGCAGUUCUGUCCAAAAUGUUGUGCAGUAGGCCAUUUAUUUAUAAUUUUUUGGCAGACCUACAAGUUGGAAUUUAAUACAUUUAAAACAAACAAAAAACUGCACUUUUUUCUUCUUCUUUUUUUAACAACCUGUCAAAAUUUUAAUUAAAUAAGCUCCUGUGUUUUGUGCACUUGGGGCUACAGAAACACUCAGGUGGGUCACCUGUGGACUGCCAGUAAUAAGCCUUAUUGUUUGACCUAGUGGCGAUUGAGGGCAGCACUGUGCUCAGAAGGUGCAUACCUAUCACAUCAUGUGAGUCGUCAUCGUUAUUUGUAAUGCGCCAACAGAUUGUGUAGCGUUAAACAGGGUGUAAAGACCAGACCAAUUACAGUGUCCAGGUUCCAUCUAAGAUUAAAAUAAUUUAAAAGUAACAGAUACUUAGGUCUUAACCUAAAAGGAAUGUUCAGAUUAAAGGAUAUUGGAUCAGUUUAUCAUAUAUUCUCGGGUCACAGUUUUGACACACUUCAAGCUUUUAUUAAUCUUAAAAAAAAAAAACUAUUGCACAUAAUUGUAGAGCAAGAUUACUGCUGCUUUAACUGAAAUUAGAAAGCAAUGUAGCAUUCGUCUUGGUAAAUCUCUGCCCUUUCACCAGUAGCCUGUGUCCGGUAAUGACUAAUAAACAAUGUUUUUGAUAGUUUGUAUAAUGUACAUUUUAAAUCUUAAAAGUUGAUAUGGACUUACCAUGUUGAAAAUAUGGCAAAGCUCCACUUCUCAAAACCCAAAGAUAUACAAUCAGUUUUCAAAACACAACAAAAGCCAUUUAAUUGUCGGUGUGAAUAGAACAUAUUUUCUAGAAUUUGUAAGGUAGUAUGCUGCCUAAAAGCAUAAGCAUUGUCUGCACAACGUUUAGCUGUAACUGGCUUUCUUAAUAUCUUGUCUGUGCCGAAGAAUGCAGAGAUUUCUUGCUAGUCAUCGUAGUACAGACAAAGCAUCAAUUAGCUUUUUUCUCCCAGGUGUUUCUUUGGAGACUAAAAUCUAAACCUUUUUAGUUUAUUACUACAGGUAAAAAGCUAUGUGCAAGGACCUCAAAAUGCUAAAAACUAGCAUAAUGCCUUAGAUCUGUUUUUAAGUCUUGUAUAUUCCUACAUAGCAGUUUGCUGUAUUAUAUUUGUAUAGUGUAUUGUGUACAAUUUUGGAUAAGUUACUCCAUCUCAUAACAUGGUUGAAUUGGAUAUGAUGGACAGCUUUCUAGAAUGAUGCGUAACUUCUUUCCCUCUCCCUGUUGGUUGUGAAUUUUUUUUGUACAGUUGAUCAUGAAGUGGAAUUUAAAAAGUGUGUAUGUAUGUACGUGUGUGUGUGUGUGCGCAUUUUCAUGACAAAUACAAGAGUAAAAUAAAGCAAUAUAUAAACUAUGGUUCUUCAGGAGAAAGCUUACAGUAUUGCGGGUCUUUGAUUUCUUUUUUCUUUUUUUUUUUGGUAAUAGAUUUCCUUCAUUGUUUCACCUGCAUUGAUGUUUGUAUUUCUCUUAGUGUGAGCAGUUUAUGCAAAGGUAGAUCUAUUUAGAAGAAAAUUAAAUACAUUUAUGCAAGUUAAUAUUGCUUUGCUGAUGCUAUCUGCUUAUUUGAUGUCAAAUAAUGCUACUGUAAAUAAAGAAUUCUCUUAUUGCAUCAAUUAAUAAAUUUUAAUUCUUUUGGG